UUAACCUCGCCCCUCGCGUCUCGUCUCCGCCCCCACCCACGCGCUGACGGCGAGCAGCCGCCGAUCUCCGGCGGCUACCCCCUCGCCGCCGCCCGCGAUGGAGAAGCGGCUAGCGUACGUGGCCUUGCUCCCCGUGCUCCUCCUCACGCUCCGCAUCCUGCCCCUGCCCUCCGGCUCCCCCAACGGCAGCGGCGGCGCGGGCGGCGAGGGGAAAACCCUGCCCCCGCCGGCUUCCAGGUACGUGGUGCGGUUCCUGGAGUACCGGCGCGCGGAGGAGCACCGGGAGUACCUGGAUGGAGAGCUCCGGGGCGCCGCGCUCGCGGCGUCGUGGCGCUGGGUGGAGCGGCGGAACCCCGCGGCCGCGUUCCCCACCGACUUCGCGGUGCUCGAGAUCCGCGACGCGCACCGCGAGGCCGUCGUGGCGGCGGUCCGGGCGCUCGGACGCGUGCGGGACGUGCACGCCGAUGCCACCUACUCGCGGUCCGUCCUGUCCGCGGCAGAUCGGCCGCCGCCGGGGCGGGGGAAGCUCUUCACCGCCAUGUCGUUCGAGGGGGAAGAGGAGGGAAGAGAGACGGCAAAUUCGUCUUCUGUUACUUGGGGACGGAGGCUUUUGCUUCAGAGAUCACAAGUUACUUCUCUUUUUGGAGCUGAAAGAUUAUGGGGAAAGGGCUUCACUGGCAAGAAAGUCAAAAUGGCCAUUUUUGACACUGGUAUUCGGGCUGACCAUCCCCACUUUCGCAAUAUUAAGGAGCGCACAAAUUGGACAAAUGAAGACACAUUAAAUGAUAACCUUGGGCAUGGAACAUUUGUAGCAGGAGUUAUUGCUGGCCAAGAUGCAGAAUGCCCUGGAUUCGCACCUGAUACUGAAAUAUAUGCCUUUCGAGUGUUCACAGAUGCUCAGAUAUCCUACACAUCAUGGUUCUUGGAUGCAUUUAACUACGCAAUAACGAUUGGUAUGGAUGUUUUGAACUUGAGCAUUGGUGGACCUGAUUACCUGGAUCUCCCCUUUGUUGAGAAGGUUUGGGAGCUCACAGCAAACAACAUUAUUAUGGUAUCAGCUAUUGGAAAUGAUGGGCCUCUUUAUGGCACAUUAAAUAACCCAGCUGAUCAAAGCGAUGUCAUUGGCGUUGGCGGUAUUGAUUACAAUAACCAUAUAGCUUCAUUUUCCUCUCGAGGCAUGACUACCUGGGAGCUUCCUCAUGGUUAUGGUCGUGUGAAACCUGAUGUUGUUGCAUAUAGUCGAGAUAUAAUUGGUUCGAAGAUCAGUACAGGCUGUAAGACCCUUUCAGGCACCAGUGUAGCAAGCCCGGUGGUCGCUGGUGUAGUUUGCUUGCUUUUUAGUGUUAUACCCGAAGACAAGCGGAAAUCAGUCCUUAACCCUGCUGCUAUGAAACAGGCCCUUGUUGAGGGCGCUUCUAAGCUUCCAGGGCCAAACAUGUAUGAGCAAGGUGCUGGCAAGCUUGAUCUUUGGCAGUCAUAUGAAAUCUUGAAAAAUUACCAACCACGUGCAAGCAUAUUUCCUACAACGCUUGACUUCACCGACUGUCCAUAUUUCUGGCCUUUUUGUCGCCAACCCAUGUAUGCUGGAGCUAUGCCGGUAAUCUUCAAUGCUACAAUUCUGAAUGGGAUGGGUGUGAUUGGUUAUGUAAAGGAUCAACCUUUAUGGCAACCUUCUGAAGAUAUUGGCAAUCUUCUUAGUGUUCACUUCACCUACUCAGAUGUUAUCUGGCCUUGGACUGGGUAUCUUGCUCUACAUUUGCAAGUUAAAGAUGAGGGUUCUCAGUUUUCAGGCAUAAUUAAUGGCAAUGUUACUCUGACUAUUUAUACCCCGGCAGCUCAUGGAGAAAGCAGCCCACGGACUAGUACAUGUGUUCUUUACUUGAAGAUCAAGGUAGUUCCAACACCUGUUAGGUCAAAAAGAAUAUUGUGGGACCAAUAUCAUAAUAUCAAAUACCCAUCAGGAUACGUUCCAAGGGAUUCCCUUAAUGUUCAUAAUGAUAUCCUUGACUGGCAUGGUGAUCACUUGCACACGAACUUUCACAUUCUGUUCAACAUGCUAAGGGAUGCAGGGUACUAUAUUGAGACACUUGGAUCACCACUUACUUGCUUUGAUGCUAGCAAUUAUGGGACAUUGCUUAUGGUUGAUCUUGAGGAUGAAUACUUUGAUGAAGAGAUUCAGAAACUUAGGGAUGAUGUUAUACACAAGGGACUUGGUAUUGCUCUUUUUGCUGAGUGGUACCAUGUUGAUACAAUGGUUAAGAUGACAUUCUUUGAUGAGAAUACCCGCAGUUGGUGGACUCCAAUUACUGGGGGUGCAAAUAUACCUGCACUCAAUGAACUUCUGGCACCAUUUGGCAUUGCUUUGGGGGACAAAAUACUUACUGGUGACUUCUCGAUCAAUGGUGAGCAGACCCACUAUGCUUCUGGAACUGAUAUAGUGCAAUUUCCAGCGGGUGGUUUCUUGCAUAGCUUCCAGCUCCAGGAAAACUCCAAGUCUGCGCAGGAUCACAUAGGAACAAUAGAUCCAGAAAACUCCCAGGAAAAAAACAAGCUGUCCUCAAUUCUUGGAAUGAUGGAAGCAGGAGAAGGGAGGAUUGCAGUCUAUGGUGAUUCAAAUUGUCUUGACAGUAGUCACAUGGUAACAAACUGCUAUUGGCUUUUGAGAAAAAUAUUGGAGUUCACUGGCGAUAGAGUGAAGGAUCCUGUCCUUUUCUCAAAGGCAGCGCAGUUAAAGUUUCCAGUUUUUGAGAAUAUCCAUCAGCCAUCACGUAGAUCAGAUGUAAACUUUUCAACAUACUCGACAGUCAUUGGCAAGGAAUUGAUCUGUCACCAAGAUUCCCGGUUCGAGGUUCGGGGUACAAAAGGUUAUGGUGUCCAACCAACAGGCACAACAAGAAAGCUCCCAGAAUACCAGAUGGAUGAAAGUUCGAGUUCUCCCAAUGUAACAAUACAAAUUCCUGACAGUAGACAAGAUAAAGUCGAAAGACUUCAAAUAAAUCUUUCAACACCAGAUGCUGCUAAAUUUGAUGAUAAAAGAGAUUAUUUUGGCUUUAUUGGUCACGAAGAGGUUGACAUAGGAAUGUUAAUGGCAAGCCAAUGGAUGGUACCUUGCUUAGCUGCCACAGCUUGCCUUAUGUUGUAUCUUAGUUGUAGAGUGCAACAAAAACGCCGCCGACGAAGAAAAGGGUCGGUGGCUAGUCGGCUAACAAGUAUGGUGUAAUGUGACAUUCUUGAGGGGAAGAAUAGGGGUUUUAGCAGCUAUGUUACAGGCCUCGAGCCAUGAUGGGAAAACAGGAAGUGCUCCAACUUCAGCUUGCAAACGCACAUCAAGACACAUUUUGACUCAUCUUCAGCUUGCAAACGGCACAUCAAGACACAUUUUGACUCAGCAACGAGAGGCUCAUCUAACUUCUGAGCUUAGGAGAGCUGAUUUGUCGCAUCAACAACCACAUGGAAGGUUGUGUGUCAGGAUUCAGGCACGUGACAUGGACAUUUAGUAGCUUGUAGUCAUUCACAAUUUUGUUCUUUGCGACACAGCUAUAGUCACAAGAAAUGGUGAGAGCUAAUUCUUUAGGUGAGAAGCUAGAGCUAAUUUUUUCCAUCACCUUGGGGUGUGGGGAUCUGAGCGUCUCUGUAGGUCCAUAAGCCCUCGGGCAAACGUAGCAUGAGCUUGCAGAUGGGCUUAUUGGCAAGUUUGUAAAGAAAAUUUUGUAUUGUUGAUAAAAAGAAGCAAUUCUGUUUGAAACAGCA